AAAAUUAAAUAAUUUCACUCCUCCUUCGUGGGAAGCGCAGCUCUUAGAACUGCUGCACGCUUUGCUCCCUCCUUUCUCGCUGCUCCCCUAAACCCAAACAACUUCACCGGCGACGCCUCUGGUCAACUUCACCGGCGACUCCUCUGCUCAUCUUCACCGGCGACGUCGACGCCUCAUCUCACCUUCAGAAUAUCAAGACUGGAUUGUUUUCAUCACUCCAAGUCUCCAAGUACGAAGUAUAUUUGAACACUACAUGUUCCCAGUUCCCAAUUCACAAUUCCCAGGUCUUCGCAAGUCCUCGCACCCUCGCAGCGGCCAAGCCAGGAACAACAAUGGCGACUGACCUCAAUUCCCAAUUCCCAGGUAUGUUCUAAUCGAUUUAUUUUAAAAUUUUAAGUAGUUGAUUGAAAAAUAAUCAAUCUAUCAAUUAUUAUCGAUUUAAAGAAAAUUGUGGUAUGAAUCUAUAUCUACAUCUCUUUGAAAUUCUUCACCGCCCUUUGAAAUUGGAUGUCUACAAAAUUCUCUUUGACGGUACGAAUCUCAUCUUCUUCCCUAAAAAUUAGUUCAAAUAACGUUUUUUGCCAGCUCAUCAUUAUUUGCCCUAUUUUAUUGCGUUUUUUGUUGUUGAAAUUUGGACAGUUUGGCUCCUAUUUAUUGUUUUGGAUGAUUUAAGUUUGACAUUUUGAUUUGAUUUUUUUGAGAUUGUCUAUUUUUUUGUGGAUUUUCUGGAUGAUUGUCUGAUUUGUUUUUUAUGAUUUUUUUAGCAAUGUCUGAUUUUACUACUGUUGGUAUCAAAGAUGCAAUGUGUGGAAGCAGUAGAGUGCAUUUCUAACACCUCUAGCUGGCAGCAUGGACUGGUAAAACAAAAUUAAUGUAGUAUUUCUACCAAUGACUGGAUAUUCUGCUUCAGGAGUGUGUCUGAGAAAGUUAAAGACUCUUUUGUAGCUUCUAUGAUUUGUUGUUUCUAGUAUGCAUGAGUGGCUAUAGAGUUUGAAGUUGCAACUAGUCAUGUGCUCAUUGUUGCUGCCAGUAAGAUCUUCUGAGGUUAAUGGUUGUGGUCCAGUAUUGUCGUUGCUGCAGCCAGUCAGAAUGGAUACAGAGGUCGGUUUUGACAGGGUUUUGUUCUUUCUUUGAGAUUAAUCAAUCUAGUUUGGAGUUUUGUCCAUCCCAACACAGGUUAUGCUUAAUUCUUUUUAGACGUGUAUAGACGUAAAGCUUUUGUGCAACCAAGUAAGUUGAUGAAAGGCUUCUUCUGGUAGUUUGUUUAUUUCACCUUUUUGGCGCAUUGUGAUUCUUAAUUUCUUAUCUAAUAUAUCAGAACUUGGACAGGAAACAACCAUAUCUGUCUUUUAUCCAAGGGAAUAUAUGGUGGACCAAGGAUAUACAAGGUUAUAUGAUGAUGCAAAUGAUUGUGGCUCGUGGGGGCCGCUGUGCUGAACGUAUUGUAUAUGGUGAUGACGUAACUGAUGAAGGAAAAGACGAUCUAGAAAAGAUCACAAAGUUCCUAAUCCAAGAAAAAUAUCUGAAAGGAGUUGAUAUAUAUGCUUCCAUCAUCAAAUCUUAUGCAUCUUAUGCUGGGAAUGCCACAACAAAUGCAGCUAACUCGUUAGUGGGCGCAAUCCGGGUCAGUACGUGGUUUCGAACUCGGAACUUAGAACUUUUUGCUCUUAGUAACCAGUUCUGUUCAUCCUUAAUUUCCGUACUCCAUCUUCAAUUACCCCUAUCUGUAGUCAGUCACUAUCAGGGUUCAGGAGAACUCCAUGUAAAACCCAUCUUCUCCAACUCCAAUGAAAAUAGUCAACUCUUCACUUGCAAAGCAGCCCAAAACCAAUCAUCAUCUUCAUCAAUUAUGUCCAGAUUCCAAGAAUAUCUUCAGAUAAACACUGCUCAUCCAAAUCCCAAAUACUAUGAAGCUGCUUAUUUCAUCCUUUCUCAACCAGAAUCAAUGUCACUUGAAUCCCAGACCAUUGAAUUUGUUCUAAGUAAGCCGUUAGUCUUGCUUAAUUGGCCGACGGACUCGACCUCCUUUUGGUGCUCAUAUUGAUUCUAACGGCAAGCAUUUCAAUCAAAUUUACAUUUUUUUUUAUUAAUGUGCACUUUUUAUUUAUUGGUGUUUUCGGAUGAAUAUUAGAAGUUCAGAACUAUAAAUAGAAAUUUGGUUGUUUUUUUUUGCCAUAACGUGAAAUUGUGGGUCAUAUAGGCACAAACUAUGUUGAAUAAUUGAAGGCUUACCUAAAUAUACUAGUGUCCUUAGAUUCAUUUCUUGA